AUGGGUUCCCCACUAUCCCCUGUCAUCGCCAAUUUCUACAUGGAGAAUUUUGAAGAAAUGGCGGUGGACGGGGCGACCUUCAAGCCCCUUUGCUGGUUCCGUUACGUGGACGACACGUUUGUUAUCUGGCCCCACGGCCCUGGCAAGCUCGAUGAGUUCCUCAAUCACCUCAACAGUAUUCACGAGAGCAUCCAGUUCACCAUGGAGACUGAAAAGGACGGCCAUCUCCCAUUCCUCGACAUAGAUAUCCACCGGAAACCUGAUGGCUCAUUAGGCCACAGGGUGUACCGGAAACCUACUCAUACCGACCUUUACCUCAAUUACAAUUCCCAUCACCACCCGUCCAACAAACAGGCCGUGCUUUCCACCCUGGUACACAAGGCUAGCAGAAGGCUCACUGACACUUAA